AUGAGAAACUGGAACGAGACAGACAAAAUGGUAGCUACAGAUUGGCUUGAAGAGUCACUUCAGAUUUGCAUAGAGAUUCCCAGACUGUGGUUUGAGGAGCCACUGGUGGUCCAUAAGGGUACUGCUGGUGGUCUCUGGAGAAUAAUCAAUGGAACUGCAGUUGACGGAGGGAGCAGUCUCAGAAUCUGUUUCAUCAUGGAUGGCUGCAUUUUAAGAACGACACAGAAUGGGCUCUGCCUUUGCUUCUUUAUUUUGGUAAUAGAAAUAUCUGGGGGGGGAACCCUCAACUUUUCUGGUUUACCUGCAACAGGCAACGUUACUGAAAAUUCUGAAUCUGGUACUGUGGUGCAUACUUUCCGUGUCAACUUAACAGAAGGUCUUUUGCCAGACAUUUCAAUACCAUAUGAGUAUCCUUUAAUAAUCAAUUCCAACCCACUCACAAAAGCUUUCAGGAUCAACCCCAUAUCUCCACUUUUAUACCAGGUUGUUACUACAGGAAAUCCCAUUCUCGAUUAUGAAACUAUGCCCCAUGCAUUUGAACUGCAGAUCCUUGUUGCUGAUACCGCUGGGGCAACUGAUCUACAGAUUCUGACUAUCCAAGUGCUUGAUGUAAAUGAAUCCCCAGUGUUUCUAGGCAACUUGGCAACUCAAACUGUUGUGGUCUACAUCUUGGAAAACACACCAGCAGGACCUAUUUAUCAAAUUCAUGCAGGGGAUCCUGAAAAAAGACCCUCUAGGGAAGUCAAGUUUUCCCUGAAUUCAGAUUUCCCAUUCUUUGCAAUUUCUCCAACUGGAACGGUUUCUACUUUGAAGUCAUUUGAUUUUGAGAAGGAUCGAACCAGCUAUACAUUAAAUGUUACCAUAACGGACCACCUCGGUGUUAGUGUUACGAGGACCCUGAUGGUCAAUAUCAUAAACACUAACGAUGAAAACCCUGUCUUCAACAUGAAAAAUAAUGUUUUCAGGAUUCUUGAAGAAAAACCACCAGGAACUUUUGUUGCCAAUGUAACAGCUGAGGAUCCAGAUGGUAAAGAUUUUAUUCAUAGCCUUCGCUUCAGCCUGGGUGCUCCUGAAGCGAUCCCUAAUUUUUACAUCAAUCCAGUAACUGGUACGGUUCUGGUGGCUGGACGGAUAGAUCGUGAAGCUUUUCCAGUCAAAACUUCUCCCAAUGUUUCUUUGAUAAUUCAUGUUGAGGAUAGCCCUACUCGUGGAAGAACAGCUGAAACCAGUAUUUUUAUAAUUAUUGAAGAUAUCAAUGACAAUCCACCAAUAUGCAAUGAAUACAAUCACAGGAAGAUAAUUUCUGAAAUGGACUCCCCUGGAUUAGAAAUUAUAAAUUUACAGAAUUAUUGUAAAGAUGUUGAUGCUGAGUCACCAAACAACCUGUUUAACUUCACUGAACUGUCUGGAGUUGGAAGUAAUAAAUUCACCCAGGAUCCUCCUCAUUCUGGAAUAAUUAAGCUCAAAGGAAAUCUAAACUUGGAAAAUACAACAGACCAGAGACAAUAUAUCCUGAAUACCGUCAUCCGGGAUAUUUCUUGGCCUUACUUUUCUGAGCUAAUCUACAUUUACAUCAUAAUUAAACCGGUGAAUGAGUUUAACCCAGUCUUCAAUAGCUCUUCGUACAUUUUUAAUGUAUCUGAAACAACAUCACCUGGAUCCUUUAUCGGAGGAGUGUUUGCAACUGACAAAGAUGUACCUUCCACUGGAAUAUCUUACUCAAUUUUGUAUGGAGAAAGCAGUGUGGAAGUCACACACUUAUUUUCAAUUCAUCCCCAGCUGGGGAUUUUGAGGAAUACAAAGAGAUUAGACUAUGAAGAAUGUCAAGUGCACAUCCUCAAAGUGCAAGCUUCUGACAACAAUGGCAAGAACGCAAUUUCAUCUGUAAUGAUAAAUGUUCUUGAAGCAAAUGAUGAACCACCAAAGUGCACACCUAAUUCACAGUUGCUGAAUAUGCCGGUGGAUCUAAGGUUGGGCAUUAUUAACGGUUUCAGUAUUUCUUGUGUGGAUCGGGAUUCAAGUCCGAGAUCAUUCCGAUACACUAUUACUUCAGGUAAUGUGAAUAACCAUUUCACCUUUUCACCAAACGCUGGCUCGAAUAUCUCAAGGCUGGUAUUUGCAACUCCAUUUGAUUAUGUGACAGGCCUGGACAGAGUUUGGGAAUACCGGCUGUUAGUUUCUGUAACAGAUGAUAACCUGUUAUCAAGAACCGAAAGAGCUACAGUUCGUGUUCAAACUGGCACGGUAACCUUGACCAUCAGAGUCAUUCCAAGCCCUACCACUGUGAUUCCUAGCACACCUGGUGUUACCAUUGUGACCAGCAGAGAAAAUGUCUAUGCUUCAUCAGCUUGGUAUGUGCCAUUCUUCAUAGUCCUUGGCAGUCUGUUGCUGCUUGGAUUGCUUGGGUAUCUAACCUUUUUGCUGGCAAAAUACCUCCGUUCCCAUUGCCCACCAAAACCCAAAGCUGACAAAAAGCCACUGUAAAAGAAAGUGAAGAAAACAAAGAAAGAAGUAAUAUGGGAAAUGACCAACUUAAAUCCUGUUUUUGAUGGGGAAGCAAUAGACCCAGUUACUGGCAAACUGUAUGAAUAUAAUUCAAAAUCGGGGGCGCGAAGAUGGAAAGAUAUCAGUGUGCCUUCCAAGACUGAAGUAAAGGAUCUUGUAGAACUAACAGCUCCUCCAAAGAGUGGUGAAGGCAAUCUGCCCAAAGCAGAAGCUAAUGCUAGUGGUGGUCUAGGGGAUCUCAAGCAGAAGCUGAGACCUCCAAAAAGUGGUAAAAGGGAUCUGCCCAAAGCAGAGGCUGAGACUGGUGGUAGUCAAGGAGAUCUUAAGCAGAAGAAACCUCCCAAGAGUGAUCAAACAGAUGAUCUAUUCAAAACAGAAGACGAAACCAGAAGACAAAAUCACCUGGAACCAAGGGCCUCAGGCAAAAAGACUGAAAGUUUUCCAAAUGGCAACCUAAAAUUACAGAAGCCAAAAGAAGACCCGCUGAGCAAAAGAUCACCUUCACCCAUUCCCUCACGCAGGUCCCCCAUUCCCUCUCCCAAAAUAUACCCAAAAUAUCAAAAUCAAUCUUAA